CGAAAAGUGUAUGCAUCUGUCGUAAACCUGCCCCUGAUGUGCCGCGCGUGAAACCCCAUCGGUCUCUCCGUACGGCAGCCCGAGCUGAAGACGAAAGAUGCCGGCUAAAGGUCCCCUACAGUCUGUCCAGGUUUUUGGACGUAAAAAAACCGCCACAGCAGUCGCCCACUGCAAAAGGGGGAAUGGUCUGAUCAAGGUGAACGGCAGACCUCUUGAGAUGGUGGAGCCAGCCACCCUCCAGUACAAGCUUCUUGAGCCUGUGCUGUUGCUUGGCAAGGAGCGUUUUGCUGGUGUGGACAUUAGAGUCAGAGUCAAGGGUGGUGGACAUGUCGCACAAGUCUAUGCUAUCCGUCAGGCAAUCUCCAAAGCCCUGGUCGCAUACUACCAGAAGUAUGUGGAUGAGGCCUCUAAGAAAGAGAUCAAAGACAUCCUGAUCCAGUACGACAGGACCUUGUUGGUGGCUGAUCCUCGUCGCUGCGAGUCCAAGAAGUUCGGUGGACCUGGAGCUCGUGCUCGCUACCAGAAGUCCUACCGUUAAAUGCUCUGUACAUUUUCAUAAUAAAUUGGGUGAUCGAAA